AUGGCUGCUGCUAUCGCCAGUUCUCUUAUCAGACAGAAGAGACUGGCUAGGGAACAGAGAGACAAGUCAUUCCCGUCCAAACGUAUCAGUAGCCCCAGUAAAAGCAAAGGGAUCUGUGAUAGGCACUGGUUUACUGUCUUUUCCAAAGUCAGGAUUUUUGGCUUGAAGAAACGCCGCAGGAGGCGCCCAGAGCCUCAGCUUAAAGGUAUCGUAACAAAGUUAUACAGCAGGCAAGGCUACCACUUGCAAUUACAGCCAGAUGGCGUUAUCGAUGGGACAAAAGAGGAAGGCAGUAGUUACACUUUAUUCAACCUCAUACCAGUGGGGCUUCGGGUUGUUGCCAUUCAGGGUGUGAAAACAGGACUGUACUUGGCAAUGAACAAUGAAGGUUACCUUUACACAUCAGAACACUUCACACCUGAAUGCAGGUUCAAGGAAUCAGUAUUUGAAAACUACUAUGUGACCUACUCAUCCAUGUUGUAUAGACAACAACAGUCUGGAAGGGGCUGGUACUUGGGACUUAACAAGGAGGGAGAGAUCAUGAAAGGAAACCACGUGAAGAAAAACAAACCAGCAGCCCACUUCCUCCCCAAACCAUUAGAAGUUGCCCUUUAUAGAGAGCCAUCACUACACGAGUUGGCGGAGGUUCUGUCUCGAUCUGGAACACCCACCAAGAGUCGAAGUGCCUCUGCAGUGCUAAACGGGGGCAAGACGGUGAGUCAGACUGAAUCAACGUAGCUACCUGGAGGCCCGGCCCUAUCCAGACAAACCACGUUACAGAUGCUGACAACAUAUCACUAGCAGACAGUCUCUUUCUGUUGUAAAAUGAUUCAGGAAACAAGCUACUACUGAGCUGGGUAAAGUUGCACUCCUAUCAGCCUCUUAGGUCCUUCUGAUUUUUCUGUCAGUGGAUAAAUUUUAGCCAAGAAAAUGCUUGUGCAUCUCACCAAACACCGGGACGGCCGAUCGACCAUCAUUUUUGGGAUGUGGCGCAACCGAAGAAAUGUCAUUUUAUCCCAUCACCAGAUCCGCCUCCGGGAAACGAAUCAUAGUAAAAUUCACAAUCUGUUCGCAAGCUGAAAACAAGUUCCAGCUCAGCAGUGAACACACAGGCACACAGAUACAGAUACACACAAAACAAAGCAGACCAUAUUUACUCCUGCCAGAGGAAUGUAGCCACCUUUGGGUUUUACUGAAGGAACGAGGAACACAUUAAACAGUAAAUGCAUCUCGUUCUUGGCUCAGUGCUGUUCAGUCCCAUCAGAUACACUUGUACCCGGUUUCUUUUCUUUAGUCUGACAAUAGUGUUUUGCAGUACUGCAGUUCUACAGCUUUUUUUAUACUCCAACCAACAGUGAUAGGAUUACUUUCAAAAAUUAGUCAGGGUUGCGAAAAUAAAAUAAAUGAACAGAAUUAAGUCAGUGUCUCAGGCAAUGUAGUUAAAAGUGUAACUUAGAGCAAUCUUGUGGACAAGGGUUUCUAGUCUGUAGUAAUAAUAACCUUCUAGUGAAACUCCUAGAGUGCAGAAAUCCCAUCCAUUAGCAAAACGCACCUUCAUAACUCGUUCUCACCUUAGGCAUUUGCACAUUGACCUUGUUGUGGUGGUUUUUACUCUUGAACAAACUGUGGGGUUUUGGGGUGACUUCAUUUUUAUAACAAUAUGGAAAGUCUUAUUUGUAACAGUCUGCCACUGCCUCUGUUCAUGUACUGGGCAAUGGUGGCAGUUAUUGUAACUGAGCUUCCUUUUGGGUAGUUUAUCCUCAGCUCAUCCCAGUACACACUACACAGAGGUUCUUAUUAUUCUGUCAAUUAGUUUAGACUUUUAUUUUAAUUUCUCUGUUGCAUGGGAGAAAGCUGGUAAUAAUGGAAUAGAGUUGCAUGAUGUAGGAUCUGUAUUUUAAACAUGUUGGAAAAUGUGCUCCGAACAUUACAUGGGUUAUCAAGUACAUGCAGUUUUCCUGCUUCUGUACUGGUCAGAUGUUUAUUAUUUGUUGUGUACACCAACAGAUGCACUGAAUAAAACAUUUCUAUGAA